CAGUUUAAGACUUCCUUGACGACGACAGAGUUGUUUAGUUGUUUAAUGGUUUGAAUGAUUUAAAUGCUCAUGUUUGAUUAAUUUGCGUAUUGUUUGAUUACGAACAUAAAAAGAUGGUUACUAGUCUAACGAAUACUCUCAGAAACUGCCUGUUACCAACUUUAUCCGGAUAAUCUUUUGUUGCUGCUAUCUGUUUACUAGCUAACGUGGCUUGCUGGUUAUCCAGAUAUGUUGUACUGACUUGAUAACGCCGGUAUCUUUUUAUUUCCUUCAAAUGUCGACCCGCUGUCCUAUUGUUCACCUAGUCAUUGCUAUUUACGUAUUUUUCCAAUUUGUAACGGAUUCGCAAAAUACUGGAAGUAACACAAAGGAAUAUCCCUCUACGGAUGGCGAUGAAUAUUCGUUCACAGAUAAUCUAACAAUUUCUGCAGCGACAGAGACGCCUAGCAUCAAUUCAACAGCAGCUGGUGCAUGGGAGACAGUGCUCCCGGGUCUUGUCCCCAGAGCCCCCGCGGAGUCUACUGUUACUGCUGGACCGACUGUCCUCGCCAGUACCACACAGCCGAUUACUAACUCCAACGCGUGCAUAUGUGACAUCACGUCGGAUUUCUGCGACAUCGGAUGCUGUUGCGAUGUGGUGGACUGCGGCAUCGCCGACCUGACUUCUGUCUUCAGUGGGUGCAAGCAAGAGAAUAGGUCCGGAGUGUGCGUGGAGAGCUGGCUGAUGUUCCGGGCUAAUGUGGACCCGGCACUCGUCACAGUCACGGACUCUCUGUUCUGUGUUCGGUUCGGAGACGAGAAGGGCGAUGUGGCACAGCCUCUGUCUGGGCUCUCGGGGGCACCGUUCUCAAUCUCCUCUCCUCAUUUCUCAGCGCAGGAGCCAGUCACAUACCCCAGUCGCCAUGCCAACCUUUACAAGGUUGAUGACCUCAUUUUGACGUAUUACAACAACACAUCUGUAGUGAGCAUUCUAAGCCAGCCUUCUCCAGGGGCUGUGUCAUCAGCGUGUGUCGAUCGCAAUCCUGCAAAGUUCUUGCAGUCCAGCUGUUUGUCCUGUUCACGAGCUGUGAGUUCUGUGUCCUGUAUGAGAGACAGCAGUUUGAGUGCCCGGUCCUAUUUCACGGGUUUCAGCCUCCUCAGGGUUCCCCAUCCUUCAAAAGCGGACAUGGGCAAUCUGACGAUCCCAAUUAUCCCAUUGUCUGACCAGCCUGAGCCCAUUCAGCACAAUGGUUCCUGUUUAAAUGUGGUGUCUAAGGUGGAGUAUAUGGUCACAUACACUGGUGCAGGAGAGAUCACUCAGGUCACACUGAAAGUGGAUGUAAAGAAUGCCAGCUUUAACACACAGCUACUGCAACAGCACUGUGUGCAGUUUCAGUUGGCCACACCCUCCCCAUCUCCUCCUAGGUCACCAUUGGUAGGCCUGACGGUCGGUACACCAGUGAUUGGCUGGUUUGGAGAAGUGGCUCAACCUCUGACAGUGCAGGGCCUGUCUGUGGGUGGAGAGUGCUCUGUGGACCCCCUAAACAGAUCUCCCAUACUGUUCAAACACAACUCCAUAACUGGUUGCACCUUCAGAUCCACGUCUCGUGACUGCCCUUCUCUGCGAGCUCAACUCUACAGCGUACUGCGUGGGGUCAUGAGUCCCGACAGGGUUGCCAUGACUGCAGGGUCCCAGCCAGACUGGAGCAGGGUCAUCAUACAAGAAUGUCCCAGCAUCCCUGCUGGGGAGCAUUGUGAGAUAGGGUGUCUCCUGCCCGUCUCCCUGUUUGUUCAAGUGCUGUGGGCUCGGAGAGGCUUGCUUGCCCUGCCUCAGAGCCACAUCCUCGCGGCCAAAUACAACUUCAGCUGUCAGACACUGCAGUGUCCCAUCACUUCUCCGGUGCCCGUGACCACCAAAGUGAUUUUCUCAGAUGCCACCAUUUACCCAGAAGCCCCCAGGGGGAAGCCCCAACCAGAGUGGAAGUUCCCAUUUGCAUUUUUCACCAGAGGGGCAGGAGAGUUAGACAGAGAGUAGAAGUAGUGAUCACAUUAAGGUAGCAUCUGUAUGCUUCCUUUAUACACAUCAUCACUGUUCCCUAAUGUUCUACAUUACUUUGAACAUGCAUCGUUUGUAACCAUUUUUAUAUUACAAAAUACACACUUUUACAUAGUG